AUGUAUAUUUAUUCUGCAGCAGUUCCUCGCUGGCUUCAAUUUCUCCUCACCGAUAAAUUCUACAACGCUUGCUUAAUUCAUCCCGAAACCAAAAAAAAUGAAAAGAACGUAUAUUGUUUGGAUUGUUGCAUCAGUCUUUGCCCUCACUGUGUUUCUCCUCACUCCUCUCACAGACUCUUGCAGAUCCGAAGAUAUGUGUAUCAUGAUGUUAUCAGAAUGGAUGAUGCUGCAAAACUAAUCGAUUGUUCUUACAUUCAAUCCUACAAAACAAACAGUGCUAAAGUGGUCUUUUUGAAUCAAAGACUACAAACCAAGAAGUGCUCCUCCGGCAAUGUGUGCAGCACCUGUGACAGAAGUCUGCAAGAACUAUACAAUUACUGUUCUCUCUCUUGCAAGGUGAAUCACCUUGUGAAAACACUGGGCACUUUAUCUGGCCACCUUUUCGAGUGCAACUACAUGCCAUUAUCUGAUUCUGGACUCGACGAUGGUUUAAUGACUCCUGACUCGGUUCUUGACCCGGUCGGUUCGAACCGGACUUCAUCUGGUUCGGGUGGUUCAGGUGGAUAUGGUGGAGUGGAUUGUAGAACCACUCUUGCUUGCACUGCAACUACUGAGGUAGUGAGAAAGAAGAGAAGUGGUUGUUCAACUUUCCGGUCACCGUGUCGGCCUGCUUGCUCGCCGGUAACUGAAAUCACGGUGAAUAGUAUGAACAGAAGGAAAGGAAAUCCGCGGAGGGCCCCACUUUAUUGA